AUGAAAGUAGGUAUAAUCCCAUAUCAACAUGAUACUGAUUUCGUAUUUAAGGAUUCAGAUAUAAAUUUGAGUAAACCCAGUUUCCCUCUAUACCUAGAAAUUGAGCCCACAAUCGCAAAUAAUAAUAGUAAUAAUAAUGAAGAAAUAGAUGAUUCAGCCAAUAUUAAUAAUAAUGAUUAUGAUAAUAAUAAUAAUAAUAAGACAAAUUUAAAAUUUUUCAAAACUGAAGACAUUCCAUUAAAUAGACGUAAUUUUAUUUAUCGCCCAUGUUCUGCUAACCCAUUAUUUAAUGAACUUGGAUAUUGUUGUAGUGAAUAUCCGUUUGAUAAAGUAGGUAUUAGUAUUAUGGAUCGAUCCGAUGGUAUGUCGAUGCUGGACAAGGGAAAUGAAAUUGUUGGUGUUAAAGAAUCGCUAGGAUGGAGAACAGGUCGAUGUGAUAUUUGUAUAAAAGAAGGUCUAACGUAUUGGGAAGUUGAAAUUUUAAAUGGUGGUUCACCAAAUAAUAUUAAUGAUCCAUCAAAUGAUAAACAGAAAAAGAGAGAAAUAUUAAACAGUACAAGUCACCUAAGACUCGGGAUUUCACGAAGAGAAGCUUCAUUGGAAGGUCCAGUUGGGUUUGAUGCUUAUGGAUAUGGUAUCCGAGAUUCAUCAUUGGAAUCAAUCCAUGAAGGUAAAUUAUCACAGAUUUUACAACCUUUAGAAAAUAUGGUAUUGAAAAAAGGAGAUCGGAUUGGAUUUCUCUUGGAAUUACCCGAUAUAGAUACCCAGAUAGAGCAAGCAAAGACAUAUAUUCAAAAUCGUAUCGAUGCAUUAAUUGAACAUAAUGCAAAUAAGAAAAAAACCAAAUUGAAUAAUAACCAUGAAAGUCAAUUGAGUAAAGAUUUCCAGAUAUCCUUGUUACAAGAUAUCAAAUAUGAUAAUGUGGUUCGUGAUCAUAUACCUAUCCGUUAUAAAAAUCAAUUAUUCUUUGAAAUGACAGAUUAUGUAAAGACAACAAAACCUGAAUAUUAUUCUUCUAAUAAGCAAGAACGUUUAGAUUAUUAUAAAUUGAAAGGAUCUUCAUUGAAGAUUUAUUUGAAUAAUCAAUACAUAGGGGAAUCUGUUAAGGAAUUGAAACCUUUCUUGCCACCAUUUAGUGAAUUACAAUAUAACAAGAAAUUUUAUUACAAUUAUUGGAAACAUGGAGAGACUGCCGAGUAUUCUGAAGAAGAUCAUAAUGCAAUUAUGGAUGAUAUACCUAAAUCGCGUAUCAAUCAUAAUACCCAUUCUAAUGGCAGCAGUAAGCAUGGUUUAAUACUUCGAAAUAAAUAUGUGAAUAAUAACCGAUUAGGUUAUUACCCCACUAUCAGUUGUUUCAACGGUGGUAUUGCUCGACUUGUCGUUGAUAAGAAAGAAUUGAAAUUUUUUGAUCAAAUGAAAGGUGAUUUACAAAAUAAUAAUAAUAAUAAUAAUAAUAAUAAUAAUACUAUAGUAAAAACUUUAGAUAUAUUGUUUAAAGAACAAGUGGCGGAGGAUGUAUUGUGGGAUAUAAUUGAUGAAAUUGAGGAGGAGUCUAAUAAUGGCACAUUGAUAUCUGCAUAUAAUAUGUUCAAGUGA